CCCUGAGCCUCUCGGGAGCCUCCGGGUUUCCGGGGAGGAAGCCUUUAGUAGGGCGCCGGCGCGUGGGACCGCGGCUGUGGGCCCCGCGAGCCCACUGUGUUCCUGACGUCGGCCAGGAGAGCGCAUUCUGGACACGCGGGACUGCUCAGUAAACCGUUGGUGAUAUUCCUACUUGAAGGACAUCAUGUUUUCCAAGCUAGCACGUUUGCAGACUGUUGCUGUCCUUCGUGGAGUUCAUUCUUCAGUGGCUUCUGCUACAUCUGUUGCAACUAAAAAAACAGUCCAAGGCCCUCCAUCCUCUGAUUACAUUUUUGAACGGGAAUCUAAAUAUGGUGCCCACAACUACCACCCUUUACCUGUAGCCCUGGAGAGAGGGAAAGGUAUUUAUGUAUGGGAUUUAGAAGGCAGAAAAUAUUUUGACUUUCUGAGUGCCUACAGUGCUGUCAACCAAGGGCAUUGUCAUCCAAAGAUUGUGAAUGCUUUGAAAAGUCAGGCGGACAAAUUGACCUUAACAUCUAGGGCCUUCUACAAUAACGUGCUCGGUGAAUACGAAGAGUAUGUUACUAAACUUUUCAACUACCACAAAGUUCUUCCUAUGAAUACAGGAGUGGAGGCUGGAGAGACUGCUUGCAAACUUGCUCGUAGAUGGGGAUAUAUCGUGAAGGGGAUCCCGAAAUACAGAGCGAAGAUUGUUUUUGCAGCUGGAAACUUUUGGGGUAGAACAUUGUCUGCUAUCUCCAGUUCCACAGACCCAACCAGUUACGAUGGUUUUGGACCAUUUAUGCCAGGUUUCGAAAUCAUUCCAUAUAAUGAUCUGCCUGCUCUUGAGCGUGCACUUCAGGACCCAAAUGUUGCCGCGUUCAUGGUGGAACCAAUUCAGGGUGAAGCAGGCGUUGUUGUUCCAGAUCCAGGCUACCUUGUGGGCGUGCGGGAUCUCUGCACCCAGCACCAGGUUCUGUUUAUUGCUGAUGAAAUACAGACAGGAUUGGCCAGAACUGGUAGAUGGCUGGCUGUUGAUCACGAAAAUGUCAGACCUGAUAUGGUCCUCCUAGGAAAGGCACUUUCUGGUGGUUUAUACCCUGUAUCCGCAGUGUUGUGUGACGAUGAAAUAAUGCUGACCAUUAAACCAGGGGAACAUGGUUCAACGUAUGGUGGCAAUCCACUAGGCUGCCGAGUGGCCAUCGCGGCCCUGGAGGUUUUGGAAGAAGAAAAGCUUGCUGAAAAUGCAGAGAAAAUGGGUAUCAUCUUGAGAAAUGAACUCAUGAAGCUACCUUCUGAUAUUGUAAAGGCUGUAAGAGGAAAAGGAUUAUUAAAUGCUAUUGUUAUUAGAGAAACCAAAGAUUAUGAUGCUUGGAAGGUGUGCCUGCGACUUCGAGAUAAUGGACUUCUGGCCAAGCCAACCCAUGGUGAUAUCAUCAGGUUUGCACCUCCACUUGUGAUGAAGGAGGAUGAGAUUCUGGAGGCCGUGGAAAUCAUUAACAAGACCAUCUUGUCUUUCUGAGGGUGACAGUUUUCAGUGGUGCCUGGGAGCCAGCUGGAGACAGGCAGUUCACAAACCUCUGAGUUUCUGCACUUAAUGCAGGCAUAUUCCACUCCCCCAUGUCAAGGGCUUUUAAAAAAAUAUAUGUUUUUCAGUUCAUGCAUAAUAGAAUGACAUUUAUAAACGUGCAAUUUGCUGUGUAACAUAACUAAGAGAAUGUCCUGGCAUCUUAUUUUCGAGUGUGUGUGUGUGUGUGUGUGUGUGUGUGUGUGUUUGUGUGCACUUUCUAAGGUGAGAUACAUCUCUCUAUAUA